CUUCCUUCUCCACACCCACCCACGCCCCAACCCGCUGCAUCUAACGCGCAACCACUUUCACGACUGACGAAACACCUGUUACGACCGUCUGAACACGCACUCGCGAUAGCCUUACGUCAUACGUUACGGAAGUCGCGUUCCUCGUCGCUCCCUUAGUUUCGCACCCACCGCUCAAUCUCGAAUCCACGCGACAGCUCUCCCAUCAACGUCCGCCCUCACUAUGGCUGUGGAUUUUUCGAGCGACUCGCCUCUGGCGAUGCAGCUGCAACAGGUAGUCCAGCCGAAGCUCGCUGAGUUUGGAUGGACGACUGGCGGCGAAGACACGACGCUUUUCGAGUACAUUCUCCUUAUGCUGGCCAACGACAAGAACGAAGCGCAGGUCGCAUCAGAACUCUCAAAUGAUUUGCUCGACCUGGGUCCGGAGAACACAGAGACACAGCAGUUUGCGCAGUGGUUAUUCGAGCAAAUCGAGCACCUGAAGCAGUCGAGCGGCGGCAAUGCACAAGUCUCGCAGUCAAUCGAAAACCAGAUGGACGGCUCAUCAAACGACAACAUGGCAGCAGCGCAAGAUACAGACAUGGAAGGCGCGUCAGAAGGUCAAGGCAAUAUUCCUACAGGUCCCAAGGCUAUGCGUAACGGUAGCGGCGCCCAAGCAGCACGUCCAGCGCGCGGCGGUCGGAUGCUUAACCAGCUUAACAAGAACAUGGACCGCAACAACGACUCAGUAUUACAUCGCGUACGUGGCGCCGGCGGCGGCGUUGGAAGAGUGAACGCACACGCCCGUGAUCCACCGAAAGGCCCACGAGGCCAGAACAUUGGUCGCGGAAUGGAAGCCAUGGCCAACGGUCGUGGUAUGGGCAAUGCCAACAUGAACAUGGGGCAAACCAACGCUGGUAUGAAUGGUAUGGGAAUGGGCGGUAUGCCAGGAAUGCCCAUGCCGGGAAUGGGCGGUCAGAACAACAUGCCAGGCAUUGGCCUGAACCCGCAACAGCAAAUGGCGCUCAUGCAGAUGUACGAGCAACAGGCGCAGAUGAUGCAACAGAUCUUCUCCGGCGGCCAGCCAGCUGGCUUCGUCAACCCCAACUUCCACAACAACCGCAAUGGACCUAAGAAGCCAUUACACCAACGCAUAGAUCGGUCACACCAGGGCGGCAGAGGCAUGAACCCGAACGCCAAAACUUUCCAGAAGAAGGAGGGCGAGGACGAGACUAUGGCCGAUGGCCCAGCUGGAGAGAACGGCAGCGGUAUGGACGUCGAAAUGCCUUCUGGGCGCCCAGAUCCCUCUUCCACCAUGUGCAAGUUCAACCUGCGAUGCAGCAACCCCGACUGCCACUUUGUCCACCAGUCGCCCGCCGCGACACCUGGCACACCUGUCGACAUGAACGAUACGUGUGAUUUUGGAGCGGCGUGUAAGAACAAGAAGUGUGUUGGCAAGCACCCAUCGCCCGCACAGCGUCAAAAGUUCCAGUCAGAGCAGGAGUGUGCGUUCUGGCCCAACUGCCGCGAUCCCUCAUCCUGCCCUUACAAGCACCCUACUGCGAAGCCAUGCCACAACGGCGCCGACUGCACAGUGGAGGGUUGCAAAUUUGGCCACAGUGCCAUCAUGUGCAAGUUCAACCCGUGUUUGAACCCCCGCUGCUUGUAUAAGCACGAGCCCGGUCAAAAGAAGAACACAACUAAUGUCUGGGUUGCUCCUAAAGAGGGUGAACAUGUUAGCGAGAGGAAAUUUGUUGACGAUGAGCAAAAAGAGGAGCUUAUCAUCCCUAACAAGGACCAGGAGAUGCAACAGGCCCCGGCGAACGAGAGUGUGGAUGUGCAGUCAUAGAAGGACUUGUUGGAACGGCUGAAAUGGGACAAGGGCGGUGGAUAUGAUACCAUUGAGACGCGGAUGGAAGGUGCCGUUGGCUGGGAAUGUAGAGCAUUGUACAUUAAGUCUGGCGUUAGGGUUGGUGGCAUUGCCCCGACUUGGAGGAGAGAACUACUGGUUUCUGGCGGCCCUCUGGGGCUGCGCUCUUCUUCUUACAAAUUCGC